AUGGGAGGAACUCAAAGCUCUGCUAAAGGCUAUGGUUAUCACGUAUUAAGGGUUAAAGAAAAUUCACCUGCUCAUACGGCUGGAAUAGAGCCAUUUUUUGAUUAUAUAGUUGGAAUUAAUGGAAUAACACUGGACACAGAAACUUCCGUAUUUCAAGAACAGUUGUUGUUUAAUGUCGAUAAAGAGGUCAUAUUAUUAGUAUAUUCUACUAAAGAGCAGGACAUUCGAUAUUGUUCUUUUGAGGGAAUCAAUGAACAUGUCUGGCAUAUUUUAGACAUUGCUCCUGAUAGUCCUGCUGAGAUGGCCGGUUUGGUUCCUUCAACUGAUUAUGUUAUCGGAACACCACAUGCAGCAUUGAGUAGCGAAAAUGAUUUUUAUGAAUUGAUUGAGGCAUAUUUAGGAAAACCACUUCGUCUUUACGUUUAUAAUGCUGAUUUUGACGUUUGUCGAGAGGUUAUCAUUGUUCCUAAUCACGAAUGGGGCGGUGAAGGUUCUUUGGGAUGUGGCGUAGGUUACGGAAUCCCAAAAACAAAUAAAUUUAAAUCACGUGAACAAAAUUUUGAACUAUCAUGGAACUCUUCUUCACAUCCACUCCUUCAUCCUUCGUCUGAACAGCCUUCGAGUACGUUUGCUUCUGCUUUCAACCUUGAUGAUACAGCUCCUGAUAAUGAAAAGCAUACAUAUUCAAACCAACCCGACUACUCAACUCCUGCUGAGAUAGUUAAAGAAGAAAUUAAGAAUCAAAAUGAUAGUUAUAAUGAACAAAUAAUAAACGAUGAUCAAGUUUCAAUUAAAUCGGAAAAUAGAUCAAUUUCGAAUGGUGAUGAGAGUGAGAGUAUAGUCAUUGUUGAGAAGGAAAAUUAA